ACAAGAUUUCAACUUGCAGCAUCUGCUUUCAACACGCGAAUCUUCACCACUUCGUCUAGUAAUUUUUUAAAACAGCGCGUCUUCGCAACACCGCAGCAACCCUCAUUAUGGCAGCGUCGCUUGCCGCCGCUUUACCGAAGCCGAAAUACUCGGGUGAGGAUGAAGAUAUUCCAGCGCAUGCCCAGCAACGUGGUCCUCGAAUUGUUGGAGCAGGUCAAAUAGAUGAAUCACAAAUUGUCCUACGAAGAACGGGUCCGCCCCCUUAUGGCCAACGAACGGGAUGGCGACCUCGAGGUCAAGAAGAUUUCGGCGAUGGCGGUGCUUUCCCAGAGAUUCCUGUUGCGCAAUACCCAUUAUCGAUGGGUAAAGAGUCCGGUACAAGCAAUGCUCUAGCAAUUCAGGUCGAUGCCGCGGGCAAAGUCAAGUACGACGCCAUCGCGAGACAAGGCCAUGGCGAGGGGAGGAUAGUUCAUUCAUCAUUCAAAGAUCUGAUUCCCCUCAGACAGCGUGCCGAUGCGGGUGAAAUUAACCUGGAGAGGCCUAGUGAGCAGGAGGUAGCAGAGACGAAAGAUCGAACAGCGAAAGCUCUGGCUGCGCUUGUUAGCGGAGCUGUAGCGGCUCAGAAGCCGAAGAAUGUCAACGUCGGAAACCGAAAGGAUCCAACAUUUGUACGCUACACACCGGCGAAUCAGAUGGGAGACAAAUCAAAGAAGCAAGACCGCAUCAUGAAGAUUGUAGAAAGGCAAAAGGAUCCCAUGGAACCACCUAAAUUCAAGCAUAAAAAGAUUCCGCGAGGACCUCCUAGUCCGCCGCCUCCUGUGAUGCACUCGCCACCGCGAAAAUUGACCGCCGAAGACCAAGAGAUGUGGAAGAUCCCGCCCCCGGUUUCAAACUGGAAGAACCCCAAGGGUUUCACAGUCCCUCUGGAUAAGCGACUUGCGGCAGACGGAAGAGGUCUACAAGAUAUUACGAUCAACGACAAAUUUGCACAGUUCUCGGAGGCCCUCUUUAUGGCGGAUCGACAUGCUCGUGAGGAAGUUAGGCAACGAGCACUCAUGCAGCAGAGGCUCGCGGAAAAGGAGAAGGCUCAAAAGGAGGAAAAUCUCCGCAUGCUCGCGCAAAAGGCUCGGGAAGAACGUGGCGGCGCCUCGAAGCGUCGCGACUCAAGGUCAUCGCGCGACUCACGAUCACGUUCACGUAGUUACAGCUAUUCGGAGUCUGGUUCAGAUAGCGAUGACUCGGAGGUCCGCGAAAGAGAACAAGCCCGCCAAGAAAGGCGUCGGGAGGAAGAGCGCAAACUCCGCCAGUCGCGUAUGGGCGCGGAGAGACGAAUUCAGGUCAUGGCACGUGAGCAAAACCGUGAUAUAUCAGAGAAGGUCGCUCUUGGCCUAGCAAAACCUACAGCACAGGCCGAGUCCAUGUACGAUUCGCGUCUAUUCAACCAAACGAGCGGUUUUGACAGUGGGUUUAAUGAAGACAAUCCCUACGAUAAACCCCUAUUCGCAGCCCAAGAUGCAAUCAGCAGUAUAUAUCGCCCCAGCCAAAAUAUGGAUGAGUACGAGGAUGAAGGUGCCGGAGAUCGGGAGAUGGCCAAGAUCCAAAAGACCAGCCGAUUCGGCGAGGUACUGGGUAAGGGAACUUUCAAAGGGACGGGCGAAGCUGAGGCACGGGAAGGGCCGGUCCAGUUCGAGAAGGACACCGCCACUAAUGACCCCUUUCAGAUGGAUAAGUUCAUGGCCGAAGUGGAUCAGAGCUCUUCAUCGAAGAGAGGUUUUGGAUUGCAGGAAGGAGAGUCGAGGCAACCGAAACGUGCUCGAGUGGACGAGGAUGAUGAUUAAACGACUCAAACGUCCAGUUCCUCUUCGCUUUAGUUGCCUUGGUAAUUAUGUAUAUACAGGUACUAGAAGGGUUUUAUAGUCAUCCUUCAAUGAAAUAAGGAGUCAAUGAAUUCUUGAAGAUGCAUUGAUUCGCAGCAAAUGUAUUGGACUUGAGUUAUCCAGGGCUUCCAAGACUGCUCCAAAAUUUGUAUCCGUCCAUGAAAAUUUCUUUUCGUUCUAUUCUAAAUUGGCAUAAAAUCGACCACUUCACCAUACCUCUAUUGAAUCCCGGUCCGGUCCGCCAAGGGCGUUAGGUAGUUGCGAAGCAAGAAGCGGCAAUAAGACGCGAAGUCUGCAUCUCGAACGGACGGCGUUCCAGAACACGGGCCAUUUAUUAGCGAACCGUUGGAUUGGCUGCAAGUAUGUAGUUGACGAUACCGAUACUGUAUCGAUAAAUUAGCCGCACGUCAUCCGGGGGCUGUGCUUAACCGUAGCGUGGAUCAGAUCUUUGCAAAACACUUUUCAAGGCCCAGACCCGCAAUACGAUGUACAUGCACUUAUGUAUCCCUCCAUGAAAAGAAACAACCGGUACUCAGGCAGUUCAUAGUCUGAUAAUAAAGAAGACUUGUUUGUUUCAUCUGUUUUUGAUGUGCCGGUGCUUAGAAUACACGCCGAUUAGAUUAUUU